AAGAUGGCGGUGGCGGUGGCCGUGGUGGAUGUUUGGGGGCUGAGCCGGGGGCUGGGCCGUGUCGGUCCCCUUGUCGGUCCCCUGCUGCUGCGGCGGCCUGGGACUCGGGAACUGGCCAGCUCUUACAGCAGCCACAGUUACUGAGCACUGGAAAUGUGGCCCAUGGGACCGAAGAACUGAAGUUUUCAUCUUAUUUUCUUAAUGAGUUUAAAUUUCAGUAGCCAAGAGUGGCUGAUGGCUACGAUAUUGGACAGUGCGAUUUUAGCCAAAGCUGUCGGCAGGGGAAGGAAUAGAGCUGAGGUUCAAUCCGGAAACAUCCUGCUUAUCCAGUCCCGGCAUAGAUCACCAGCGUCUGAGCCUCCAUCUGAAAGCGAGGGUGCCGCCUCCGCUUUCGGAGCUGAUGGUAGUGCCAGCCUCACCAGGAUGCUGAAUGGACGUGUGCCACAUAGGCAGAGGGUGCUGUCUGUGGUGCCCAGGCACGUAGUUAGCCGUCGUUCAUUCUCCAGCCACACUGCAGUUUCCCGGGUGCCCAGCUCUCUUCUCUUGCCUCGGACCCAGGACUGAAGCGCCCUUCCCCCGGGCCUUUGCGUGACUCACCCCAGCUUGUCCAGAGGCCUCGGGUUGACUCCCCUUCUCCAGGAAGCUUUCCCUGUUGCUCCUGCCAAUGCCGCUAGUGACAGCCGCCCUGCUGCGCGGUUUCCCUGGAGCUUCCAUUGUUGCUUUACUGCUUCCCCACAAGCCUGUGAGGUUUCUGCAGCCUUUUUCCAGAUGAGGAAACUCAAAGAGAUGAAGUGUUUUGCGGAGGGCCACCCAGUUACCUAUCAGUUGGAACCCAGGGCAGUCUGACACAGAGCCAGUAAGCAUAACCACUCAUUCACCUGAUUGUUCAGUAACUUCCUGUUGAGUGCCAGCUGUGUAAACCGACCUGGGCAUGGUCCCAGCCUAACUGGAACUUGUGACCGUAUGAGGGAGACAGAGAUGUUCUAUCUGUCGAUGAGAGUGGUGUAUGGAAGUUGCCAACUAUUAUUGUAGAGAUGUCUCCUCCAUUCGCUGUUGUCAGUGUUUGCCUCAGGUUAACGAAGAAUAUGAAGAGGUGAUACUUUUUCUUUGAAACAAUCUCUACAUAACAUGAUUUUGAGAAUAAUUUCAUAUGUUAUCUUCAACAUUCAACUAUAUUCUAAUGUCAUCAUUUUAAAUUUAAAGAAAUGGUUCCUUACAAGACCAAAAUAACCCACAGGCCAUGAGAUAACCAAUUGCAGCUGUUCCAGCAGCAAUGGUAACUGCUGCAAUCCAUUCAACUCGUAUGCUGGAAUUGGAAGUCAAACUCAUGGCGUGGUUACUUGCAAGGCGUGUGCACAGGAUACUGAGCACAAACGGGGCUCACGAGGACAACCGGAGUCAAGGUACGAGAGGCGUACUAAGGGCAUGAACACCAGAUUGCUCUGCCUCAUGUAUUUAGGAGCACUUCUGCUUGGUGUAUAAAUACUUAUGAUUGUUGUAUCUUCUUGGUGAACUGUCCCUUUAAUCAUUUCUUAAUUAGGAAUGGAUUUAGAUCUUCCCUUCCAAUUCUUAUCUCUCCAGCUGCUUUCUCAUGACUAGUUGUAUUAAUCAUUACCUUCAGUAAAACGUUAAAGACUAGAUAUAAUGAACUUCUCUGUCUCUUGCCUUAUGUUUAGUGAGAAAACUUAGUAUUUUCCCAUUCCUACUUUGAAUUAGAUGCUGACUUACUCAUUCAGCAAACCUUUUCUUAAUUCCCACCAUGCCUGGGUCCUGGGCAUUGGCAGGUGCUUAAGUCAGGGAUCUGCCCCCGAGGGACUCCCAGGCUGGAAGAGGCACACAGAUAAGCAGAGGGCAGUCCAGUGCAGCAAGAGUGGUCAAAGCUCCUGCGGGAGAGACAGGCCUCCUAGAGGGGGCAACAUCGGGGAAAGAUGAGGGCAUUCCUAGGAGGAGGUGAAUGUGCUGGGAACAAGGAAUGAUGCUGGGUGACUGGCCUGGAGAGUCCAUGAAGGGACACAUUGAGAGAGGAUACAGGAACAGGGGCAAGGGCUGGCUCCUGCGGGGCCUCUGAGCUCGCUAAAGCCUCAGAGCUUUCUCUGGAGGCCAAAGCGGGUCACAGAAGAUUUUAGGGAGAGGUAUAGGUAGCUUGGAGUGGCACGCCACUCUUACUGGGAGAGUGAUGACUUAUCAGACAGACAAGAAGUUAAAGCUUUGAACUCAAAAGGCAUUUUUACAUUUUCUCUGUUGGAUCCAUUUCUGCUCCAGCACACAAAUAUGCUAUAUUGUACUCUGAGGAAAGAAUAAAACAAGGUUUCAUUUGGUCCAGACACUCAAGGAAGUCUGUGUGAUGAAAACCUGUCCUAGUCAAAAGAGACAAAAGAGACAUGACGACCAGAUGGAAUGCAUUAAUCUUGAUGGCACCUCAAUUUUAAAAGAAAAGUGACUACAAAAACUGGGGAAAUUUGAAAACAGACAUUAUAGAAAGUCAUCUUAUGGAAUUAUUGCUAUUUUCAUAGGUGUGAUGAUGAUCUAGUGGAAUGUAGGAAAAAGUCCUUUGGAAGAAUAAGGCUGAGCUCUUUCGGGGUGAUGGGGCAUGAAGUCUGAAUAUUAUUCACAAAGAGUUCAGCAAAUAAAACGUAUAGAUAGACCAUUAGAAAAAAUAAAGGUGGCAAAAUAAUAAGGGGAGAAUCCAUUUGAAGGGCGAUCAUUGUUGUAUUCUUUGAACUCUUCUGUAGUUUUGACAUUUAUCAAGAUAAAAAAGUUGAGGGAGAUCUUUUCUAUUGGAAAGGUUACUUUAUAAAUACCAGGGAUCAUCUCCAGAAUACAGCAAAGAUGAAAGAAAGGGCUUCCCACACCACAGAAUCCAUCCAAAGUGUACAAUCACUGGCUCUUGGUAUAAUCACAGUGUCCGUUCACUGCCACAGUCAAUUUGAAAACAUUAUCAUUGCUUUGAAAAAACGAACAACAACAAAAAACUCAAAAACACACAAAACUCCUUAUGUUGAGAGAAAGUCAGAAGACAUAAAGGACUAUAAAGAAUAUGAUUCCAUUUAUAUGACGUUCCAGAACAUGUACACAUAAUAUUUGGUGAUGGAAUCUGCACACUGGUUGCCUCUGGAGAGGGGGUAUUGACUAGAAAGGGGCAUUAGGGAACUUUCUGGGGUGACAGGAAUUCUUUAUGUCUUGUUGGGUGAUGGUAAUAUCAGUGUAUACAUAUCUUAACACUCAUCAAGCUACUGCUAUAGAUUCGGGUAUUUCUGUUGGAUAAAUAUUACACAAUUAAACAAAAUUCUCCUCCUUGUGUGGUUGGGUACACAGAUACACAGAGUGUGCUCUUUACCCUUUACCCGUAUGCUACAUAUGCCUUAUUACAUGUAGUAACAGUAAAAAUUUCUUAAAGGAGUAAAAAAAUGGGAACUUAAAAGCUUUUUGUCUGUCGCUAGUGAGAUAUUUCAGUAUGGCAUUCAAUUUUUUAAAUCUUGCAGUUAAAACUUCAACCGUUGAGCCUCAUACACGCGCUUCCUGUUUUUCUUCGGUUCGGGAGAGGACGGGUCCUCGGGGUGGCGCGAGAGGGAGGGUCAGUGGGAGGGGGCGUUCUAGGUGUGGGGUCCCGCGCCGGGUCCCCUGUGACGCGCAAGGACGGAGGCAGGUGAUUGGUCGAGGGGAGCUAUAAAGCAUCCAGGUUGCUAUGUUAGCGACCACACAGGAGAAAGCAGGGAAGACGACGGACGCUCAUCCUCCUCUUCCCGCUGCUCCUUCUCCCGCUGCUCCUGCGAGGCCACUUCCCCUGCGCCUGUGUCCUGGCAUCGUGCUACCCGCUGACCCAGUGACCCCCUGACCUACUCGCCUGUCUCCGAAUACUACUCCGCCCUCUCCAGUGUGGUCCGCCCCCCCCACUCCCUUGUCCCCCGUCCCCUCCCUUAUCCCCCCCUCCCCCCACCCCUACCCCCUUCCUCCUCUUGGGAACCCCAGUGCUUCCAUCCCUUUGGGUUCCUAUAGGCCUAUCCCCGCCCCUGGCCCCUCCUCCUCCCUCAAACCCAGGCCCAGGCCCCACCCCUUCCCCACUCGGUCUUGCUCCGCCUCCUCGCGGCGCCCCCCAGGGGCCCCGAACAUGGAGGUGGCCUGGCUGCUGCUUCCGUUCCUCCUGCUGGGGUGUCCUGGUCACCCAACCACGAGUGUGGAUUUGAGUCAGCUUCCGACGCGCCGUGCGCCCUUCGUUUCAAUCGGACUGUUAGACACAGCUCCCGCGAGCAGUGUGAGAUGCCUACCCCAGGUCUGUCUUGGAACCCUGGAAUCCACUGGAGAUUUUGAGCCGGCUGAUCCUGGUGCUGAUUUUUAUGGCAUUCUUAAGAGGCCUGCCGAUAUUGCUUCUUAUCUGGGUUUAUUUGCCAUUUUCAUCUGGAGCUCCGUCCUUGCAGUCAGAAAUGUCCUUGGUGGAGCCAGAAUCCUUGAGGCGAAAGCUACAGCGGAGGAGGAAACAGUGCUGAGGGAAACUGCUCAACUAAACACCAAGGCGGAGCAGGCAAAAAUUGUCCCUUCAGCAGAUGAGGAUCUUCAAAAACAGUUCCAAGCGCAGCUGAGCUCCUCGGUGUCUGCUACACAUAAGCUGCAAGAACUUAAGAAACUGGAGGAGGAUUGCUGUCUAUUGAGGUCUGAGAAUGCUGCAAUAGAAGCACAAUGCAAAGCCCUUGCCAUGAGAGUUCAGGGUCUCGAUGAGAUCAUUGAGCAGCAAAGGAAGGCCGCCGAAGAGGAGGACAGACUGAAAGUCAGUCAGCAACAACACCUGAGGAUGCUCUCAGAGGCAGAGGAGCAAGCAAGAAGGGCUGAAGAAGAUGCCAGAAUCUGCAGACAAAGAAUGGAAGAGUUGAAUCAGGAACGGCAGGAAGCAGAGCGCUCGUUCAAACAACAGAUCAUGCAUCAUGAGAAGAAUGCUCAUGACUCCUGGAUUAGAAUCCGAGUUCUAGAGAGAGCGUUGGCUGGGGAGACCAAGUUAUCUGCUUUCUUGAAAUAUAGACUGAACAUUAUGCAAAGUAAGAAGCCCCAAGAACAAGGCGGCAUUGAGACACCAGUGCCAGUGAGAUCUGAUGUGGACAACCUUCCACCUAGAGCAAACUCCUCCCCAGAAGCCUGCGGGGCGGCUUCCAUCCCAGCCGGUCACCUUUGGGGUGUCUCCAGAAGCGGUUCCUGUGGCGGCAAGAGGGCCCCCUCCUUUCCCAAGAGUGCCUGGCAUGCAGCACCCCAUGAGGGGCCCUCCACCCCCCAUGCUGAGAUUCGGGCCUCCUGCUCCACCCUGCGGGCCUCUCAGACCUCCCGCUCCACGUCCAUGUCCAGCAUCGGUUCCUGUGGCGGCAAGAGGGCCCCCUCCUUUCCCAAGAGUGCCUGGCAUGCAGCACCCCAUGAGGGGCCCUCCACCCCCCAUGCUGAGAUUCGGGCCUCCUGCUCCACCCUGCGGGCCUCUCAGACCUCCCGCUCCACGUCCAUGUCCAGCAUCGGUUCCUGUGGCGGCAAGAGGGCCCCCUCCUUUCCCAAGAGUGCCUGGCAUGCAGCACCCCAUGAGGGGCCCUCCACCCCCCAUGCUGAGAUUCGGGCCUCCUGCUCCACCCUGCGGGCCUCUCAGACCUCCCGCUACACGUUCAUGUCCAGCAUUGGUUCCUGUGGCGGCAAGAGGGCCCCCUCCUUUCCCAAGAGUGCCUGGCAUGCAGCACCCCAUGAGGGGCCCUCCACCCCCCAUGCUGAGAUUCGGGCCUCCUGCUCCACCCUGCGGGCCUCUCAGACCUCCCGCUACACGUUCAUGUCCAGCAUUGGUUCCUGUGGCGGCAAGAGGGCCCCCUCCUUUCCCAAGAGUGCCUGGCAUGCAGCACCCCAUGAGGGGCCCUCCACCCCCCAUGCUGAGAUUCGGGCCUCCUGCUCCACCCUGCGGGCCUCUCAGACCUCCCGCUCCACGUCCAUGUCCAGCAUCGGUUCCUGUGGCGGCAAGAGGGCCCCCUCCUUUCCCAAGAGUGCCUGGCAUGCAGCACCCCAUGAGGGGCCCUCCACCCCCCAUGCUGAGAUUCGGGCCUCCUGCUCCACCCUGCGGGCCUCUCAGACCUCCCGCUCCACGUCCAUGUCCAGCAUCGGUUCCUGUGGCGGCAAGAGGGCCCCCUCCUUUCCCAAGAGUGCCUGGCAUGCAGCACCCCAUGAGGGGCCCUCCACCCCCCAUGCUGAGAUUCGGGCCUCCUGCUCCACCCUGCGGGCCUCUCAGACCUCCCGCUACACGUUCAUGUCCAGCAUUGGUUCCUGUGGCGGCAAGAGGGCCCCCUCCUUUCCCAAGAGUGCCUGGCAUGCAGCACCCCAUGAGGGGCCCUCCACCCCCCAUGCUGAGAUUCGGGCCUCCUGCUCCACCCUGCGGGCCUCUCAGACCUCCCGCUCCACGUCCAUGUCCAGCAUCGGUUCCUGUGGCGGCAAGAGGGCCCCCUCCUUUCCCAAGAGUGCCUGGCAUGCAGCACCCCAUGAGGGGCCCUCCACCCACCAUGCUGAGAUUCGCGCCUCCUGCUCCACCCUGCGGGCCUCUCAGACCUCCCGCUCCACGUCCAUGUCCAGCAUCGGUUCCUGUGGCGGCAAGAGGGCCCCCUCCUUUCCCAAGAGUGCCUGGCAUGCAGCACCCCAUGAGGGGCCCUCCACCCCCCAUGCUGAGAUUCGGGCCUCCUGCUCCACCCUGCGGGCCUCUCAGACCUCCCGCUCCACGUCCAUGUCCAGCAUCGGUUCCUGUGGCGGCAAGAGGGCCCCCUCCUUUCCCAAGACUGCCUGGCAUGCAGCACCCCAUGAGGGGCCCUCCACCCCCCAUGCUGAGAUUCGGGCCUCCUGCUCCACCCUGCGGGCCUCUCAGACCUCCCGCUCCACGUCCAUGUCCAGCAUCGGUAAGAUGAUUUGGACAGUGUGAGUUGUUUGCUCCGAAGGUCAUAGAUGCUACUUGAGGCUUUUCAAUGCAAGGAUCAACCUGGCACGGGCACUGUAACACUUUCAAGGGUCUUAGGUCACCCGAUGGGCUGCAUCAUCCUCAUACAUUGAACAGGGCAGCAGGUGUCCCUGGGAGACAAGGGAGGAGAUUGUUUGUAGAGACCCAGAAAUGUCAGUUCUGCAGCUGUGGAUGGAGCCUUGGCCUUGCGCUCAGCUCUGCAGGGGACACGACACAUCUCAAACUCCAGUGGCUUCAGGUGCCGCAUAGGAGAGAGUCGCCUCCAUGACACAGGAUGGAGACUGUGAGAACCUGUCACGGAAGCACCAGUGGAGGGCCCAGGAGUACAAAAGACGGAGAUGGGAAUCUCCUGGGAUAUUGUCCGGAGGGUUUUGAAGAGAAGGAAGAAUUGAAUUGGUGCCAGAUGGAUGUUUCUUGAAUUUGGGUAGUUGGAGCUGGAAGGCCAUCACUGUUGGGGCAGCCUCUUGAGCAAGGAGUUUGACAGCAAGCGUGAGUUCCAAGGCAAGCUGCCGCACUUACGUUCACACAGCACAGAGUUAACAGUGGAACGAUCUUGGCCAAAAUACCUUUUUUGCCAUGAAGCCUUUACUUCACAGUUUGAAAUGUAGAUGAUUUUUUUCCCUUGGAACUGUGAAGGUUCUGGGUCUUUGAGAAAGAAUCCCAUGUAGCUGUGGGAAAUUUAACUUGGUUCUGACAGGACAUUUGAUCUGCCUGAGUUUAUUACACCCUACAGACUACAAGUGGAGAAAGGGUUAGGGUUGCAGGAGCAACAACCUGGAUUCCAGAAUGAGUCAUCCUCUCAGCGCGGAACUCAAAGCCUUCACGAGCUGUGCCAGCUGAACCCCGGUCACCACGUCCCCAGCAUCCUCCAGUUUCCCAUCCUUGGCUCUCGGCUUCACGACCACAAACAUAUGCAAUAGCCCGAUUCUUUGCCUGUGUUCCUGCUGUCUUGGCUCCAGAUACCAGCCCAUCCGUGGGGUCUACUCAGAGCCUCAGUUUUGUUCUGUCUGAGGCAUGGUUGAUACUGGUUUCCUAAAGUCAUUCUGAGGAGAAAGAGAGAAUGUACAUAAAGAGAGCCUCUUGCAAAAUAUCUGGCACAUGCACACUCACCUUCUCAUAGUUUAAAUGAAAAUAUUCACAAACAACAUUCAUUACAUUACAUUCUUUUAACAAUGGCUGUAUACAGUCUGGGCCCCGAGAAUCACACUCCCCAUUUCAAGAGAUAAGGCAAUUCGUCUCCCAUCAGAUUUUAAAAAAAUAUUGAUAAGAAUGUGCACACAAUUCAAUACAGAGAUCUCUCUAUAAGAUGUGAAGUGAAAUAUGUUUUGUCACAUAUAGAUGCAGAACACACAGAUAUUCAUUGGGCCACAGCAAUAUUAUACAGGACAAAAUGAAUAUAGGAAAAAUAAGAUCAGAUUGAAAUAACCAGGGCCUUUUUGCCUUACAGGACAGUUACACUGAGAUUGAAGAAGACCCUGUCUAGGAGUCAGCAGGCUGAGGCCAUUACAAACUUAGAAAAUGUGUAAGAUCUGUUAGGAUCUGAAGAAUGUCCCUGUCCCAUCCUGCUUCCCCACUUUCAUCUUUCCCAGGUGUUUCCCUAAUAAACCACGUGUUACCUUAA